UGGUACCCUUUCCACGAUGUUUUUCCCACCGGGGCAAACCAAGGCGGCGGCCUAUUUGCAGACACACACAAAAGUCAGUCCACUUUGUCACUUUCUCUAAACAGUUCUGCCAGAUGUCUGUAUGUACGGGUUUGGGUUUAAAAAAGUCCCUCGUACUCGUAGCACCGUAUGAAUGACUUUUCCUGGGGGAAUUGUUACACUACUCUUUAUAUCCGAACGGAAUCACAAUGAGUCUUGAUAAUACCAACGACACUACUACGAAGCAAGACAUCAAGAUGGACGAUGGAGAGGAGAUGACGACGGAAGUCAUCAUAUGUGGCUGUGGCCCGACCGGUGCCCUGCUCAGCGCUCUCCUGGGCCGGAAGUCCAUACCAAACGUCGUGAUCGAGCGAGAGCGGGAAAUCGUCACGGACCCGCGAGGCAUCGCGCUCGACGAGGACGGCAUUCGCCUCUUGCAGGAGAUCGGCAUCUACGACAAGGUCUACAGCGAGAUCGGCGAGCCCAUCUCGCACCUGUGGUUCACUUCGGGCAAGGACGGCCUGAUGACCAAACCCUUUAUGCACGUAGACCUGUCGACGACCCACGGUGGCAGCGGGCACGUCGGCGGCAUCUGCCACAGACAACCCGUUAUGGAGAAGUACGUGCGGCAGUCGGCAAUGGCUUGUCCUGCAUCAGAACUAAAACUGGGUUGUACGGUCACCCAGAUCGAGGAGACCGACGACCACGUCAGGGUCAAGUACACAGACGACUCAAUGGGAGGUGUGGAGAAGUCGAUCAAGGGCAAGUUUCUGGUCGGUGCCGACGGCAAGACGGGAUUCACGAGGAAGAUGUACCUUGAGAAGAGAGGAGUGGUGUUGGAGUCUGUUCCUGGGUACGAGUAUCAAGAGACAUGGGUCGCGGUGAAUUAUCACAUGGACCUCCCGACACCAGAAACGCACCCAGAUUUCCCACUGUGGAGGCUAGGCUUCACCCCUCAAGACGUCUACGACGCCUUUUUUCCCAAGAAUUUCAGGUUCAUCGGAAACCCCGACAGACCUUCCGUGUGUGGAACGUUUGGCUUGAGGAAGGAACGGCUCUGGCGGUUCGAGUAUGUCGUCGACGUCGACAUGGGCGAAGACCCCCAGGAGAUGGCCACUUACGACAAGAUGGCCGCCGUGAUUUUUCCCUAUCUCACCCACCCAGGCAAGACUUAUGGGUUAAAAGAUCCAGUACAGUAUCCAAUCGAUUGCAUACACGUAUUGAGGUCGAGGCCAUUUUCCUUUUCUGCCAGAAGUUGCAACAGGUGGUCAGUGGGAAGAGUGAUUUUGUGUGGUGAUGCGGCUCACGUCAUGCCACCUUUUGGAGGACAAGGUAUUGCUUCCGGGUUCAGAGACGCGGCAGGUAUAGCUUGGAGACUCGUCCUCGCGUGCCGAUCAACUUGUACAAGUUCUACUACCGUUCCUUACGAACGACUUUUCAGCGGCUGGUGCCUGGAACGUAAACAGCAACUCGACAAGUCGAUCGCUUCGACCGUUGCCAACGGUGAACUCACGACUGCCCGAAACCCGUUCAAGAUCUUUGUGAGGGAUUGGAUCUUGUGGUUCAUGAGGCUCGUCCCCAGCGUCAGAAGGAGACUGGAACUCGGUGGGAGAGGAGGCCCCAUGGCUCGGUACAGGUACGUCGACGGGAUGGCUUUCCUCCCGGACCUGAGAGGUGGACGACAACUGGCUCAGGGAUAUUGCAAGGCCGUGUCCUCCGGGAGCAGAUUCGUCGUCGACGCCGACGACGACGUCGAUUUCACAGACAAUGUCAUCUUCCGACCCGAGUCGACUUCGUUCCUGAGACUUUUGGUUUUGGUGGACGAUUUGGAUCAGUUGGAAUCGACACGAAACGAAUUGAAUCGGUCAAAGAUUGAACAACUCUCCAACAAUGAGGUCAAAAUGGAAGAAGUUUGUUAUCUAAUCAUGUCUCCCGGUGUGGGCGUCGGUGACGGGGUAGACGCCCGUGCCGAUGUCAAGGUCUCGUCGAACAACGCCACCGCCGUCGAGUCCACAAACAUCCAAACGCAAAAACGAGUCUACCGCGUCGCGACGGGUGAAGAAUUUGAGGCUUCUGGUCUCUGCGACAACCGUCCUCCUCCCGUCGGAUACGACAUGUUCAGAAUCAAGACCGACCUGGAGGGGGCAAAGUACGUCUUGGUACGACCCGACAGGUUCACGUUCGCGGCGUGCCAUUCGGUUCAAGAGUUGGCGGAAGCGUGCAAAAGGAUAGAAGGUGUCUUCUUCAGCGGGGUGUGA